GCACCGCGUCGCACGUGGAAGUUCUUGAGGGAGCGAAAUUCAUGGUGAAGCCAGGAGCGACAGUCCAGGUUGACGCCAAGGGCAGAAUGCAUGCUCGUUUGAGGGAAGACUGCUUGCCCAAAACCAGCACGAAGUAUACCCAAAAAGUGGGUCAGUCGAGUAUGGCUGACGGCCUCACAAAGAUUAUGGCUGCAGCUUUGUAUUGAUUUGUGUGAACGUCUUGAUUUUUCUAUUUAUAAAUCAGUGUCGUGACAGCUUAAGCUUUUUGCUGCGGAGUGGCGUGAUAGACUAGAAGCAGGAUAGCCGUUGACUUAUCUUACAAAUAGAAGAGCAUCCUUCCCACGAAUAUCUCCGCACCAAGCAACACGCGUGGCCAUUUUUUAUCCGAGGCAUCAUUUUAGAACAAGCUCUAAUCUCUGUACGUUCAAGCCGACACCAGGAGAGAAGCAGUGGAUCAAAGAAGGCGAUCUAGAAAAAUUACGCCGCACGAAGAAGUUCUGCCUUAAUUGCUGUUUUACGCCUGGUCGCGCGCAAUUCUUUUUUGUCGACACCGUAAAGGAGGACAUUGCGCAAAACAUCAAUGAGCCUGCUUUGCCACUCAAAGCAGCGAAGGCC